AGAGACGAGAGGCUCCGUCUGCAACAGAACAGACUCUGAGCAUCACAGCAGACGGACAGACGUCCACUGGACUUAAACCUACCGACUCUAAAACAUCCAGAAGAAGAAGAAGAAGAAGAAGAAUGGGGCUGCACAGCGUUGAGGAACUGGUGACCGGUAAGAGGUCAGAGGGCAAAGAGGCGGCCGGCUUCCAGGGCGGCGCGUACGAGGCGGCCGUGGGUCAGGAGAAGCAGGACGAGCGCAGGACGCGCCGGGAGCUGGAGGAGAGCGACAGCGGCAGCGAGCAGGAGGAAGUCAGCGUGGCCGCUCUCAAUACGGACAAGAGCGGCCGACUGAAGCUGGAGACGGUGGACGACCUGUUCAACAUCCUGCAGCUGAGGAAGAGGAGGAGGGAGAGGAAGGCUCCUGCGCACAAGAAGCAGCAGCCGGAGCCCGAGAUCCUGCCAGAGACGGUUUGUGAGCAGCUGUUCCUGACGGCGGCCAUGGAGAACAAGCUGCCCGUGGUGGACAAGUACCUGAGCGACGGAGGGAACCCCGACGCGGCCGACAACUUCCAGAGAACAGCUCUGCACAAAGCCUCCUUCAAAGGACACGUGGAGGUGAUGAAGAGGCUCCUGGAGGCCGGAGCAGCCCUCGAGAAAAAAGACAAGCUGGAGGCCACAGCGGUGCACUGGGCCUGCAGAGGAGGCAGCCUGCCGGCCUUACAGCUCCUCCUGGACCAGGGAGCCAAGUUCACCUCCAGAGACAAGUUGCACAGCACCCCCCUCCAUGUGGCCGUGAGGACGGGACACUGUGAGUGUGCAGAGCAUCUCAUUCACUGUGGAGCAGACGUCAACGCCAAAGACAGAGACGGAGACACGCCCAUGCACGAUGCCGUGAGGAUAAACAGGUUCAAGAUGAUCAGGCUGCUGAUGAUGUACGGCGCCAGUCUCAACACAAAGAACUGUGAUGGAAAAACCCCGAUGGAGACGCUGUACUCGUGGCAGAGCGGCGCCAAGAGCCUCCUGUUCAACAUCAGCGAGGAGAAGCCGUCGCACUAGAACAGAACUUCCAGCUUCACCCGACACAUACGGACUCGGGGGCUCUGGUCCCCUCAGGCAGCGUCGGGGGUUUGAACCCAUCACUCUUUCUGUUUCUGUGGUAACAUCUGAAGCGUCGGUGUGGAGGCGCCUUCGAGCGACAAUGUGAAAUCUAAUCAGGAUCUCGUUAAUAAUGUGAUUAUCAGCUCUGAUAGAUUCGCCAAAUAUUGCUGGACAAUGUCUCGGCUGACGGGAGGAAGACGAGGGUUUUCUUAAUUUUUACUUUAAGCUGAGUUGAAGUCAGCGGCACUGCAUCGAGAAGGUGACUUAUUUAUUGAUUAAUGACGGUUCUCGUUAUUGUCAUGUUUAUUAGGUUUGACUGAGGAGUUAUGCUGUAGUUGGUUUAAUGAUUUUAUUUUCUGUCUAAGGUCAUAUUUAACCAAUUAUUGAUUUGAUCUUCUUACUAACAGGAAAAACUUAGAGAUACUACUUUAGGUUUUCCAGGUGUGCAUCACCUGCUUUUCACUGUGGAGCAAAUCCAGUGUAACUCAUUUAUUUAAAAGGGCUCCCUGCCCUCCCCCUCCUCCUCCCCCUUCCUCUCCCCCUCCCUUCCUGCUGUUUGAUGACGAGUGUUGUUGAACAUUCAAGUGAGUUUAACCGAGUUCUUCGGUCUUAUUAACGUUGAGAAACGAGACGGAGCAAAGUAAGUCUGAGAGUCAGGUUGAGAAGAGUCUCUCCACUUCCUGGAUUAUUUCUGCUGGAGAUAAAAUCACAAAAUACUGAGAAGCUUCUCCUGCAGCAACAAGAGUUUAAGUUCCAUGAGAAGUGUGAGAGAGAAGCAGCUGAAAAGUCACUGUUGGUUUUCGAGGAUGUUUGAUAAGUUUUUACGUGGCUGAAACGAGUCUUUUUGAUUUUUUUUAAAGGUGUUUGUUAAUUUCUCUGUAUAUCUGAAAACUGACUAAAUAAAAAUGGUUUUUGAAUUUCA